AUAAGUAGUAAAAGAAAAUAGAUGGAUGGAUGAUAUUAUUGGAUUAUUUUAUUAGUGUAUUUUAUUUCCGACGUAGAAUACAAUUAGCGAAUUGUACAGUAGAUGUGUGUUUUUUUUGUAAGUUUAGCCAAUCAGAUUUCAGUCCUGUAUGUUGCUAGGUAAGAAGAACAUAUUGCAACGCGCUACCGCUAGCAGGGAAACCAUACAAACGUCUCGUAGCUGUGUUUCUAAUCCCCAACGAUUGAGACAGAAAAAAGUGACUGAGUAUGGAUACAAAUGGACAUGUUUGGUGAAGACUAUUGUCUCCUCUUAUUUUGUGGAACGGACAUUCCGUGAAGCACGACGCCCAAAGCGAAUUAAUUGCGGACUCGACUUUGUGUAGCCUUCAUGGAGCUAGAUGUUUUAGUUGUAUAUAUUUUUAACUAAACCGUCAACAAGAGUUGAGUCUGUGCUAGAUUGAGAAAGAACGCCAGCAUGGAUUUUAUCGAGGGCAGCAUUGGCAUCUACAGACCCCUUAUGAAGUUUUUUGACACUCCUGCAUAUAAACAAUCUCUGGCGACCUGCUGGAAUCUUGUCUCUUACAAAUUACAAAUUGGACUGUUGGCAGAACUUUUAAGACUUCAGCAGAAGAACCUGAUCCCAUCGGAGGUGACUGCUGAAGCAAUGGCUGACCUGCUGGUGGUGGAAACAAAGAAUUCACUUCGAAUAAAGCUUUGGGAGUUUGAAGUGGAAGACUGCUUUGAGGCUGAAUCCAAGCUGGUUUUUGAAGUGAACACCAGCAUGAAGAUGAGAGACAUUGAGUUUGAAGCCAGAAGGCUCCUCGACUCUGCUGAGAUGAUCCCUCCCCAGUUGAAACAUCCAAGGAUCCUCCGAAAAGCUGAUCAGUUUGCUGGGAACUUGAAGCAGCAGGAGGCCAACUAUGCUGAUGUACUCAGCCCACGUGAGAUGGUGAUAAAGGUUCUUCCCAAAGUCCUGCAGAUGUUUUGGUUGCCUCCACCAAGCCCCGCCUUUGCCAUGCCAUCCCGUUACCUCAGCAAAAUGGCUGUCGGAGUGACACAGGCUGUGGUGGACCGCGUCUCCCAGACACUGUCCUGCGUCCAAAUCCAGUUCUCCUACUCCGUAAGAGACAAUUUGGUCCUGUCUAUCCAGGAAAAAGUGAGACAGGCUUUCACUGCGGAUGACCUGGUUGAGAGCAUUCACAGCUUUCAACCAGAGUUCUUAAAGACCAUCACAGAUGUCACAGUUGAAGAAAUCGGUGCAAUCUCUGCUCUUUUUGCAUCUGUCCCAUCUUCACUGUCUCGAGACCCUUCUUCAGAGACAGACUCACUGCCAGAUGAGGAGGACUUGGUUGAGGAGCCAACUAAAGAAAAAGACUCAGUCGUCAAUGAAGGAGCUGUGGAUUUAUCGUCAGAUCAAUUCCUUCCUUCAAGUAAAGAGAACGACAUGGGUGUUAAUUCAAUGAUGCUGUUGAUGCUGCUCAGUAAUGUCUCAAACUGGAUGAAAACGCUCUUUAUCAGAGAGUACAAACUAAGAUCAUAGACUUCGGACAUUUUCACAUUGCGUACCUGGUGAUUGGUGCCUGUGCCUUUCAGACACAAAUUGCCAAGGUGGGAUAUUGCCAUGUUACACAGCAGUUGCAGCUCGCUUCAUUAAAAUAGUUUGAUGCAUGGUGACAUCAGCACAAUACUUACCUCAACACAAAGGAGAGUUGGCAGUGAUUUCACACUCCGGUUACGGCGGCCGGAUUUACGCCUCCUAUACUACUUCAGAAGCCAAUUCCCGACUUGACUUCAAGCCUCCAUCCUGCAUUCUACAGCUUACACUAAGGACAGUCAGUGAGUUGGGGGAAAAACCGUGAUCGCAAUGUAAAUGGGGAUUUUUACUCUAGUACUGUAGUAGUAUACUUUCGGCUCCUCCCAUCCAAAUUGCCAUAGCAAGCCACUUGCAUGAUCGACUUGGAACAGAUUUUACACCAUAUGCCUUUCCUUGUGCAAAUAUUGUAUGCAGUGUAUUGUACAUAACUUAUUGUACACAGUGUAAAUUAUUAUUAUUUUAAGAAACUUCAGUAUUUGUUUUUGCUAUUUUAUCAACCGUAAUGCUUGAUAUUGAUGAACCUUUUUACUCAUUCAAAUCAACAUGGUGUUCAGUUCACUUGCAUAAACACAUUUUUGCAUCUUGAUUUAAAAAAAAAUCAUUAACAAUACAGUCACAAUAUUAGUAUUAAUCCAGUUGCACAUUGAAGAGAAUAAAUUAAAGUCAUGAGCUACCAUAACACACAAAUUUGAGAUACAUAACUACGUAUCUUGUUUGAAAAUUGAUUUUAAAUGUCUGCAUGAAAUUAAACGGUAAACUAUGUACAAAACUA